UGCAAAUACAGCAAUGAAAUCCAAUUGAACUUGUGAGUUCAGUUCUGUCUGAGCAACUUUUAUUUGUUUUUGUUUUUGUUUGUUUGCUGUUUCUGUUUGUUGUUGCCUUCCCCACUUGUUUUCUCAGACAUGUCAACAGCAACACGCUGCUGGCUCGCCCGCCUGCCCACCGCCGCAGCAGUCCCGAUCGCGCGUGCAGGUCGCCUGGCCAUCUCGUCAUCAUGCAAUGCCCUGCGAUGCUCGAUGCGCUCCAAGUCAAGCUACCGCGCCAAGAAGCAGCUUGUUCAGCUUCAGGCAGACAGAUCCACGGUCGAGCUGAACAGGCCAAGCACCAAUCCAAGUAGUGACCAGAGCGAUGAUCAUCACAGUCAUGCUGGCGAUCGUCACAGCUAUGCUGAUGACAGGCUGGCCGCCAGCGAGGCCGCGAAUGACGCUGCGUUCGAUGCCAUGCUGGACGCGUCGCCGCUCGCUCAGCUCCAUCUGCCAGUGCUCAUCCACCGCGUCGUCGAUGCGCUUCUGCCAGGAACACUUGCUGCUAUGCAAACCUCUUCCGCUGCGGCGGCGGCGGCGUCGAAGGCGGCGGUUGGCGCGGUCAGCCACAGUGUCGUUGAUCCAUUUGUCAGCUUGGCCACAGUCCAGCCGCAGGCAGGAUCACAACCGGAUGUGAUCCAGCUCGCAUCUCACUCAAAAGCAAGCAGCAGUCUUACUGAUACUCUGGGCGAGCUCAAAACCCAGGCACCCACGGCCAAACCCCAGGAAUCGGGCUUGCCGCAAUCGUCGCUCGCUCCAACUCGACCUCCUCUCAUUCUCCUUGACGCGACGUUUGGGGCGGGCGGGCAUUCUGCAGCAUUGUUGCGGCAUGCUCCACCAAACACUACUCUAUUUGCGAUCGACCGCGAUCCGGAUGCCAUUCAACGGGCCGAGCAGCUUGGCCAGACCAAUUCGUUGUUUCAUAGCUCGCGUUUUCGUCCGUUGCAAGGGUCCUUCUCCCAGAUGCGGCAACUGGUGGCAGACCAAGGCAUACAGCCCGGAUCAGUCGACGGCAUUCUGAUGGAUAUCGGGUUUUGCAGCACGCAGGUGGACGAUGCCACGCGCGGAUUUUCGUUUCUCUGCGACGGUCCUUUGGACAUGCGGAUGGGGGCCGGCACGGCGUUUGAGCUCGCAGCCAUCCCAACAGCAGCCACCGUACUGGCAACACUGCGUUGUGAAGAACUCACACACAUUCUCCGGCUGUAUGGUGAGCUCCCAAAGGCACGUGCGAUUGCGGAUGCCAUCGUCCGAACACGCAAAACAACCCCAAUCCAAUCAACGCUGCAGCUGGCGGAUAUUGCACGCAGGGCAGUCUUUUCGGAAGCAGAGUACAAGGAGUGGCAACUCCACUGGGACAAGAUCAAAGCGUACUUGCAGUCUCAGCGCAGCCAGUCUCCAACCGUGCUCUCACAGAUGCUGGACGACGACCUUCAAGACUCUGGUUUGUCGCUGGACGAGCCAGAUGCUCCUGACAGUCGGCAAGCUCCCCAGCCUCGCCAGAAUCCUGCCCUGGACAAACCUGGCGCGUUUCGCUUUCAAGGCCGAAAAGUCAAAGACCCUGCUCGCCAAGUAUUUCAAGCCCUUCGUGUGUUUGUGAAUGACGAAAUAUCAGAGCUUCGGGCAGGGUUGGGUCAGGCCAUCGCCCUUCUGCGUCCUGGCGGCAGACUUGCCGUGAUUACUUUUCAAGGCGCCGAAACAACUGCACUGCGACGUUUUUUGCAAAGCCCCACCGCCAUUCUAGCUGCUGAUUCCGUGCGGAGUCUUGACGAAGAUGCACCAGCAGCAUCCAACGCACGUUCAGCGGACAGUUCUCGCCCGCGUCACAUUUCGCUAAACGAUCGGUUUCUCGCCCAGAAACUGCAGGAAUUUGAACAGAUGCAGAGCAACAACGACCCCACUCACUUCCCCACGUCGCGCGCACUACCACUGACUGUGUUGCACAAAGCGAUUGGCCCCAGCGAGCACGAAAUCCACCGCAACCCUCGUGCCCGCUCGGCCAAACUGCAUGUUUUUGAGCGGUCGUUGUAACGCGGUGGGGAUUCUUCAAUGGAAGAUGCAAUCCAUCGGUCAAACCCCACUCUUGUUACUCUUGUUGUCAUGCCCACAAAUAAACAAAGAUGACAAA